CGCCGCUGCCACACGUAAACAGCAUAACACAUUUUUCCUCUUCGUGUUGAACAACAGCUACACCAGCAAGAAUAGUCAAAAGUUACUCCAGAAGGGAUCAAUUCCUCUGUGCCAAAUUGAGGACUUAUUAGGAUUCGUCUGUUAGUGCUGUGGUCCUCAUUUCAUCGAUCAUGCACAUCUUCUUGGACGUACUGUGGAUGACCGUUCAGGUCCUCGGUCUGUUGCUGUGGUCAUGGAUCAAGUUUCUCCUGCCGUCUCGUCCGAAAUCCCUGGACGGAGAGACGGUACUGGUGACCGGAGGCGGUAGCGGGAUCGGUCGGCUCAUGGCUGUCAGGUUUGCGCAGAGAGGGUGUACCGUGAUCUUGUGGGACGUGAACGAGAAAGGAAAUGAGGAGACGGCAGUUAUGAUCAGGGAGGCGGGAGGAAAGGUCCACGCCUACACGGUGGAUGUCUCCAAGAUGUCAACGGUCACUCAGGCCGCGGCCAAGGUCAAGCAAGACGUUGGUGAGGUGUCCAUUCUGGUCAACAAUGCCGGCAUUAUCAUCGGUCGGACUCUGCUUGAACUGACCGAGGCGGAAUUCACACGGACGAUGGCCAUCAACGCCAUGGCACAUGUCUGGACAUUCAAAGCCUUCCUGCCAGAUAUGAUCAAACGCAACCACGGCCACAUCGUCACAAUCGCCAGCGUCAUGGGAUACCUCGGCCUGCCCAAGAUGGCGGACUACUGCGCCAGCAAAGCGGCCGCUCAGGCCAUCCACGAGACCGUAGAACGCGAGGCUCUGGUGGCAGGGGCUGAUAAGAUCAACUUCACCGUCGUCAAUCCUUACCUCAUCCAUACAGGAAUGUUCUCUGGUGUGGCAAUCGACCAUGACGUCUUGGUACAAGGCCUCGAGCCAGAGUACGUUGCCGAUCGCAUCUUGCAAGCUGUACAGACCAACCAGCGAGUCCUAUGCAUGCCUCGGACCAUGUAUGCAUUGGUCAGCCUCAAGGGUUUGUUUCCUGUCAACGCCUAUUUCGUCAUUGAGAAAUUCUUCAACGUCUGGGCGGCCAUGGACAAAUUCGUCGGCAGAAACAAGACCAAGUGAACAACGAUAAUUAAAGCAUUUGUCUGCCUUAUGCCAAAAGUGUUUCAAGAAUCAUUCGUAAAGUUUGAUCUUGACAAAAUAUGUAUGGCGCCCUCAGGUGUUAAAAACGUCAUGCCCCACAUCAUGGCAGUCAACAAUUAUUAACUGAAAUUUAUAUUUUGAUCACUACUCAAUUAUAAUUCUCAAAAUAUAUUAUGAAAAAAAAACUUGCCUUAUACAAUUGUUAAUUAUUAUCUUUGUUUUCAAAUCGUAGGUUGUGUGUUGUUAAAAAAAAAACUUUCAUGUAGAGUAGUUUUGUCUUGGAUGAUGAACACUUUAAAAUUGAAACCGAAAUUGUCAUUUUCAGUACCUAAUUCUUUUUUCUUCCAAAGGUGUUAAUAAAAAUCUGCCUUGUUAUUAAGAAAAACCUAGAUUUGGUAUCUGCAAACUUUAUAAUUUAUCUCAUCCGCCAUGCAAAGCUUCAAGUCAUAUAUAUUUGGUAUCUUGUUUCUAAAAAUUAUAGCUAGUUAUAACGAAAAAGUAGCAUUUGGUAAAAUGUCUUUUAAUGAUGUGAAUUUUAAUGUUAAAGUUUUGAGCAUAGAGCUAUAUUAAAUUACUAGAGCACUGACUCG